AUGAAACUCUCUUCACCGUGGAAUCCAAAUCCUUUGGGGUUGGGUUUUGGUGAUGUUGAUACUUCUUGGUGUAGAGGUGCGAAAUUUUCAAUGCUUUCUAUCAGACAAAUAGGUAUUAAACAAAGGGGUAUAAGGCUGAUAUCCUUGAAGCCUGACUUCUCCAAAUACAAGUUGAAAGAGCAACCACCUGGAUUUGUUGUUGGAACUAUCAAUGAAGCUUAUGUACCACCUCCACCUAAUUUCUAUCAUGGAGGUCAUCAUUGGUCUUAUGAAAAAAUAGUUACAGGUGCUAUAGUUCCAUUAACCAUAGCUCCAUUCUUAGGUUUUGUCGAUCCUAUGAUAGACUAUUCAUUUUGUGUAGCUGUGUUAUCCCAUUGCCACAUGGGUUUGAAAUCUUGUAUUAUUGAUUAUAUUCCUAAAAGAGUUUAUGGUGUUUGGCACACAUUUGCAUCCAGAUUGUUGUUAUUAGGUUCAACGGUAUCCUUAUAUGGUAUAUAUUUAUUGGAAACCGAUCAUAAUGGUCUUUUCUCUUUACUUUCGGAAUUUUGGAGUAGUUAG